UUGAGUGUCGUGAGCAGCAGUAAGAGAGAGAGAGAGAGAGAGAGAGUUCUAGUUUUCGGUCGUGAAAUUUGCUGUCUGUCUUCAAAAUUAAAGCCGCGCCGAAACAGCCAAACUCUUUGUCGGCAGAAAUCGAAUCAAUCAUCAUGAGCAACGAAUAUGAUUACUUGUUCAAGCUCUUGCUAAUUGGGGACUCCUCCGUCGGAAAAUCGUGUUUGCUUGUCAGAUUCGCUGACGAUUCCUAUGUGGACAGCUACGUCAGCACCAUUGGAGUUGAUUUUAAAAUCAGGACUGUGGAGCUGGAUGGGAAGACUGUCAAGCUGCAGAUUUGGGAUACUGCUGGACAAGAGCGAUUCAGGACCAUAACAAGCAGUUACUACCGAGGAGCCCAUGGGAUAAUUAUUGUCUAUGAUGUUACUGAGAUGGAAAGCUUCAAUAAUGUCAAGCAGUGGCUGAAUGAGAUUGACAGAUAUGCAAACGAAAGUGUGUGCAAGCUUUUAGUGGGAAAUAAAUGUGAUUUAGUUGAGAACAAGGUUGUUGACACGCAAACAGGAAAGGCUUUAGCUGAUGAGCUUGGUAUCCCUUUCCUCGAGACAAGUGCUAAAGACGCUAUCAAUGUUGAGCAGGCUUUCUUAACCAUGGCUGGCGAGAUAAAGAAAAAAAUGGGCAACCAACCAACUGCUAACAAGUCAAGUGAAACUGUUCAAAUGAAGGGGAAUCCCAUUCAGCAGAAUAGCAAUUGUUGUGGUUAGCCGUUCCUAGUGCCAGCUCUGUUGUAAAAACUUGUAAGACAGUGAAACUAUGUUGACCGUGUUGUCUGUGGAUCUUUUCAGAAACAAUAACAUAUUGACUGGUACCCUUCCCAUUAGGACAAAGAUGCAAUUAUGUGGUUAUUUAGUUAUUUAUCUACAUCAUUUCUCCAUCA